GCUUUUUCACUCAAAAUAUUCAAAAUUUGGAACUUCCCGCAAUUGCUUCAUCACUGUUCACCAAAUUGAACUCAAAACUGCGAUGAAAGAAGAAUCUGAUGAACCAAUUCUUCCUCAAUCUCACGCUUGUAAGGUUGAAGGUAUGGAUCGGGUGGUUGUGACGGUUACUGGUUACCAUGGAUCUGAGCGAUUCAACCUUAUUAAGCUGAUUUCGAAUGCCGGUGCUAAUUAUGUUGGGGAUAUGUCGAAUUCAAUAACGCAUCUGGUGUGUUGGAAGUUUGAAGGUAGGAAAUAUAACAUUGCCCGAAAGUUAGGAAAGCGUAUAGUCAACCACCGUUGGGUUGAAGACUGCAUAAAGGAAGGAAGGCGUGUCCCGGAAGAUUCUUAUAUUUUGCAAAGUGGACAUGAAGUUGGUCCAUUGUUACUGGAAGUUCCAGUCACUGUUCAAGCAAGUAGUAGCAGGUUAUGUGCUAUUGAAUCUGAAAGGCAAAAUGCUGACUUCAGUUCUGGGGUCUGCGGAAUUUCCGUUUUGGAAGAUUCUUCUUUAUUGAAAAAGCAUGAUGCGUCAAGUUCAUAUUCAUCUAUACUGUCAAGGAAAGGUAAAAGACACCGUGGUAAUGAUGUUAUUACCACGGCUACUCAUUCUCGUAAAGGAAGAAGGGUUAUGAAAAAUGAUGGUGAAGGGGAGUCGAGCCAUAUAGUUUUGGAUUUAAGCACAGACGACCAGCUUUGCAAAAUGAAUAGGCUAAACGCUGAAGCUGCAGCUACCUAUACCCUGUCUAGCCAUGUCAAUAUUGACAAUAUUCAAGAAAACAGUGAAGGAUUUGAUGCUGGACUAUCUAGUCAAACUAGAACUAUCGGUGGAAGUUCAGUUGGCAUUGACCAGAGCAGAGAUUCAAAUCAUAUAUCUGCUGUCAGAAGUUCAACUUUGUUAAUAGAGGAUCCCCUUCCUGUGACACAAAAGACAGUAGAUUUAUGUUCCAGUUCUGCUGAAAAGUUGACGGAUGGUGAUGUGGUUGAUAAUUUUGAUGACUUACCUACUUCAAAUGAGCUGUCAUGCGUUAUAUGUUGGACAGAUUUCAGUUCAACAAGGGGGGUUUUGGAGUGUGGACAUCGGUUUUGUCAUACAUGCAUCCAGGGUUGGGUUGCUUGCAAGAAAGCAGCGGGGAAAAUUUCAAACUGUCCUUUGUGCAAGGCAAUUAUUACAAGGAUCAUGAAAGUUGAGCAUGCAGCCACCACUGAUCAAAAAGCAUACUCCCAGACAAUUCCAUGUGUUAACAUAAGCUCAGAUAUUCUUAUCCCCAUGGAUCAAGAAUUUCCAGACAAUAACUUAGAGUCCUCACAGGCAGGUGCUUGUGUAAUUUGCCGUGGUCGGGAACCUGAGGAACUACUCGAGAAUUGCGAUGUUUGUCGAUGUCGAAGAAUUCAUUCCUAUUGCUUGGACCCUCCUUUACUGCCUUGGACGUGCAGUUCCUGCAAGGAACUUCGAAUGCUUUAUCGUAACCGCUCAUAUUAGUAAGCAUUUUUGUAUCCAUAAUUAUUACAACUCAUGUAACACCUAAGUGUUUGGACUUAAAUAAUGUUCUAAGAACAUAGCCUGUAUGAAAUUUGUUGUCAUUGUGGGGAGAGCUUUCACAUGCUGUAAAUUCAAAGGCAAAACUGUACUUGUAGUUUAAGAUAUGUUGCUUCAACAUGAUUUGAAGGAGUUAAACUGAAA